GGACAUGCUAAACGAGAUUACCACAGGGUUGACAAAACCCAGAUUGUAAACGUGUCGGCGAGAAUCUGCUUCUUCACCGCGCUUCGGCCAAUCGGCAGCGCUUAGAUUGUGAUGUUACUGUUCCUGCUCAGUGCUCCGCUGACACAGCUCAUAGCAGGUGGACGACUAGCGAGUUCACGUAUGUAAACAGAACCUCUCUUGCAUUAGACCUAAACAACCUGAAAGACCCUGACCCCCAAUGUUAAGUAUGGUGGAGGGUCUGUGAUGUUGAGGGGAUGUUUUUCCUCCAUUUUCCUUAAGAACCUUGUUAGAGAACACAACAUCAAGGACUCCAUGAAAUACCAGAAGAUUCUGAAUCAAACUCUACCUGCUUGGAUCAAGAACCUAAAAAUAAGUCAUCAUUUAAUCCUCCAGAAGAACAAUAAUCAAAAACAUAUGUCCAACACAAAAAAGGUUUACUGAACUCAAAAUGAAGCUUCUGCCCUGAACAUCUCAGUCCCCAGAUCUAAACCCCAUAGAAAACCUGUGAGCUGAGCUAAAGAGAGAGAGGGGCUAGGACUGGAGAGACUCUGUGAUGAGUACUGGUCUCAAAUUCCCUGCUCUGGGUUCUCCCACCUUAGAAGAUGAUGAUGUAGGAGAAUAAGUGCUGUUUUAUUUGCUAAGCAUUGAAUGCAGGGCUGUGAAUAAUUAUGACAUGUAGUUUGUUUGAAAAACUGCUUCUUGAUGGAUUUAUUGGAGCUUUGAAACCGAUUCGUCAUGGUUUACAAGUAAUGUUUGGUUUGGCCUGAAAUGAUAAAUGUUUCAUUACAAACUAUAAACGGAUGAAAAGUGUUACUUCUAUUUUCAAUCUGCAAAAUUUGGCCAGUCUUUCUCUCUUUUUGCCUUCAAAUGUCAAAGCAUUAAUUCUAUAUGAAUGUUUUUAUGUAAGGGGCGCCUACUUCACACUGUGUGGGCUAAAUGAUCACAUGAAACAUGAAAUGAAAAAUCAGAUGCCUAUUUAAACAAAAUCAAAUAAAGCGGUGCAUUAAAGGAAGGGGGCACCUGACUGUUUAGCAUAAUGAAUCAAGUAUGAGUGUGACAUGAUAUUUUGUUGCAGGUGUUGGCCUGCCUCACAUUGUUUACCUUAUACAACUGCCGUACAGCUCAGACAGGAGUUCCAAUCCCGGCCGAUUUUCAGUUGGGCAUCCCAAAAAAAUACUGCUAUGACAUUGUUCCAAUAAGUAAAUUUAACUGUGUCAUGGAUGAAUGGAAAGCUGAUCUAAAUGAAACGUGACGAAAUGUAAAUAACUCAACUGAAAAGCAACAUACAGUUUUGUUUUCUGUUUAUGUUGCUCUAAGUUUUUACUUUUUUUAGGCAUGUUUCCUUUUUUAACGCUCAUUCUAUUGGUUGUGUUAUUUCAAUGACUCUAUUUAUGAUAUGUUGUUACUAGUUAGUGGAAACAUCAAGUCAAAUCGCCCAUCCCCAUUAACGAGUUAAAAUGGUUUUAAUGGCCAGGGUAACGUGUUAAGAGUAUUGACAGGUGUUGAGUAUUUAACGGGAAUUACUGGCAGGUGUAAAUGACUCCCUCUCUCCUGCAGACUGCCAGCGUCAUGGCAAAUACAAUACAGCUGUAAAAUACAUAAGCCUCCACUCGUGUUGUUCUCCCCUCGUCCCUCGCUCCCCUCCUUUCUCUCCUCUCUUCUUCCCCUCCCUCUCCCUCUCCCUCUUAUUCACUCUUUUCUGUGAGAGCAUCUUGUGAGAGAGCUCAGAGUGGGGCUGAAUCUCGGACUGAAAGGAAGCGCCGGACCACAGUACUCUGACUAAUCUUCUACUCUAGUGCUUUAACACCAGGUCCACUGCAGCUCCGCUUAGCAAAUAUCAUUGUUAUCCUUCCUUGCGCAUUCUGGAGGGAUCACGCUUUUUCUGAAUCAGAAAAUUCACAGUCUCACCAUCAUGACCCGAAAAGUGUUCACUAACACGCGUGAGCGCUGGAGGCAGCACAACGUGAACACGGCGUUUGCGGAGCUGCGUAAGCUCAUCCCAACGCAUCCACCCGAGAAGAAGCUGAGCAAGAACGAGAUCCUGCGGCUGGCCAUGCGCUACAUCACCUUCCUAGUCACGCUGCUGGAGAAGCAGCAGGGCGAAGGUGCCGCAGCAGCUCACUCUCCGGCCGCCCUGCUCACGCUUAUCACGGGGAACAUGCAGAACCUCCGCUCAGACCGAGCCUGGACCAGUGACUCCGACCCACAGUCUCCUGGCUCCAGCAGCGACAGCACGGAGUCCUGGUAGUACCUGCUGCAGCAACAUGGGAAAUCAAGAGCAUUUGCUACCGUUUUUACAGAGAAAAUCCGGAAUGCCUGCUGAAAAUUACGCAGAGAGAAUUUAGAACGACUGCUGUGAUUUUACAGAGAGAGUCUAGAACGUCUGUAAUUUCACAGAAUUUAGAGCGUCUGCUGUAAUGUCACAGAGAGAAUCUAGAACAUCUGCUUAAUUUUUCAGGAAAAAUAUCUCGAGUAUUUGCUGUUCUUUCACAGUAAGAAUCUGAAACCUCUGCGGUAAUUUCACUCAAAAAGAUCUAGAGCGUCCGUCCUUUCAGAGAAUCGGGAAUGGCUGCUUUAAUCGCUCUGAGAGAAGCGAGUAUUCCUGCUGUAGUUUUACUGCGAUUGUACGAACGGCUGAUGUAAUUUUACAAACGGUAGCUAUAAUUGAUGUGAUUAUGAGGACGUAAUUUGGACCAUUUGCUGUCAUUUCACAGGAAACCCUAGAACCUCAGCCAUGCAAGAAAACUAAUGUGUGAGUAAUCAGAUAUGAAUCCAGAUCUAACCCCAAUUUGUCUAAAAACUAGCAAUUAAUUGAAACUGAGUAGCAACUGUAAAAUUUUCAUUACCAAACCCUCAAUCACUGGAAAUAACUGUGACCUAGAUGGUCAGUAUCUAUGACUACAGCCACCACAGAAGAAGCUUCUCAACUAAAGUGGACAGGGGUGCUGCUUUCCACCUUUAUAAUAAUGCUGGUGAAGCAGAAGCUGUUCAUUCCAGAAACUCUGUGAUUUAUUUAUUUAUUUAUUGUCAAUUUUGGCAUGAUUUUGAAAAUAAGAGCAGCUUCUUUAAGUCGUAAUAACUAAAAGGUCACCUUCCCUUUUCAGUCUUAAAGAUAUUACUUGCUUUUUAUUUAUUUCUUUGUCAGAUGGUCAGGACUGUAUAACCGAUAACACCUGUAAAUGAUUCUUUUUCUAUUUAAAUAUUUGUUAAUUUAUUAAACAGAUGUUAAUUUAUUGAUUGUUCAGUGAACAUGAAACGUAGCCAAAGAUUGUUAAUAUUUUUGUGCAAGCUGUAAGCUUUUGCAUGGUAGAAGUGAUAUAUCACUCUCUUCGAGGUUUUGUCUUCCUUGUUAUGUAUUUAUUGUAUUAAUUUAACACAUUUUUUUGGUAUUAAAAUGCAAAAAGUUGGAAACCAUUGCAGUUUUUUUUGCACAAUUAGCAUUGAAGAAUUUACGUAAAUGAGAGACUGCCUGUAACGUGUGCUGUUUUUAGCCUGCCUGAAGUGAGAUGCUUGAUUAGACCCAACGGAAAGUUGCCUAACCCCCAAACUCCCAAAACACGUGUUUAUGUGUACAUAUAUACCACCCUAGUUCCAACAAAGUUAGGAUGCUGUGUAAAAUGUAAAUAAAAACAGUGCAAUGAUGUGCAAAUCA